GUACAACAAAAGCCCUUUUUAUCCACACAAACCCAUAAGAAGAACAGAAAUGGCCGCUUUCGUGGCUGAGUUUUGGAGCUUCUUCACACUUCACAAAUGGAGGCAACCACAGCUGCUCAGUCUCUGGCCUUUCUCAACCUUACAAAGCCUCUCUGCUUCUCCACUUUCCCAUCUUCAGCUUUCUUUCAUUCUCAGAACUCCAUCUUUGCUUCUCAUUCACCCACUUCUUUGGCCUUCAAGUUCUCUUCAAGAAAGCUGUUGCACUUCCAGCCUAUAGAAAGACAAGUGAGGAACCUCACUUCUUUAAAUGCUUCGGCUGCAGAAAGCCCUUCAUCAGAUAACGUGGAACGAUGGCUUCUUGAACCUGUAGGUGAUGGAGAUUCAAGGCACAUUGGUUUCCAAGUUCCAAUGCCAGAUGCAUUUGAGAUAACAUCUAGUGUUGUCACUGUUGGCCGUCUUCCUGAUAAAGCAGAUAUGGUGAUUCCCGUGGCAACAGUAUCUGGUCUACAUGCCCGAAUUGAGAAGAAAAGGGAAAGUCUUUUGGUUACAGACUUGGACAGCACAAAUGGAACAUUCAUUGAUGACAAGAGGAUCAGACCAGGUGCAGUUGGCACUGCAUCACCUGGCAGUUGUAUUAUAUUCGGGGAUACCCAUCUAGCGAUGUUUCGGGUUUCAAAGCUUGAGAAUGUGGACCCUCCAAGCAAACCAGAAGAACCUGAGCUUAUACUAGAGGCUGACACCCCUGCCAAUAAUCCAGAAGCUACAAGUUAAAAAGCCAGGGUAGUAUCCUGAGAAAUUGAGGUCAAAUAAAAUAAAUCUUUAUCAUGAUUUUUUUGGGAAAAAUCUCUGUUAUGUAAUCAAUAAUGUUCAGAAUAUCAUAUUUUUACUAGUGUUCGUUCUUUUUUGUGAAAUUGAUUGUUAUGGUUGAGUUGGACCGGAAUUAGUGUCUUAAAGUGUAAUAUCACUAAAUUGUGUCACCUGUUUUUUCUCUUCAAGAAUUUUCACUAAAGGACAGUAUAGGGACUUAUAAGUCAACCUCUCCUUUUCUUUUGUUGAAACUUGGAGAGUUUCUAUUUCGUUUUUUCCCCUUUUUUUCACCUCUUUUUUGGUGCUUAUCCGACUUCCUUGAUAAUGAAAGACACUUGAUUUCUUUGAAA